AUGGAGGGGGAAGUUAUGGGGGUUAUGGUGGUGGGGGUUAUGGCGGAGGGAGUUAUGGCGGAGGGAGUUAUGGCGGAGGGAGUUAUGGCGGGGGAAGCUAUGGAGGUAGUGGUUAUAAGUAUGGACUUGGAGGUGGUGGGGGACAUCAAAAAGGCAAAUCCUGGAAUUGCACAAGGAUAUGCUUAUCGUGUACCUGUAGUUCAACCUUGUGGUGUAUAUUAUCCUUGCCCUCCUCCCACUGUUCCAACCUCAACUUCAACUGAAAGUACAACUACACCGGCAGAAACAACUGAAAUUGAAACCACCACAGAGGAAGGAACUACAGUCGAGGAUACUACAAUUCAAGAAACUACAAUUGAGGAUAAUACUAGCGAAAGUCCUACGGAAGGGAGCACAGAUGAAGGGAGUACAGACGAGGGAAGUACAGUUGAGGACACAACAAUAGAGGGAAGUACAAAUGGAGCUCGUUAAGAUUUUAAAGAUUUUAACAAAUGCAUUGCGCAUCAAUGUACAAUAC